AUGGCGAAAGAUAAAAAGGGUAAAACCGAGUCAAAAAAGGCCAAGCUGGCCGAGAAGAAGCAGAAGGCCGAAAAAAAGGCCGAAAAGAAAGCGAAAGUGAAGGCGUCCAAGAUGGACGGCAGUGAUGCCGAGGACGUCGAUUUGGAUGCCGUACUCGAGGAGUACCGCAAAGAGCAGGAGAAAUUCCUCAAAAUCACGGAGACUGUGGUUGAGGAGCCCCCGCGCGCCCGUUCAGCGGCGACCUUCCUGGCCAACCCAACCAACAGCAACCAGCUGCUGCUCUUUGGGGGCGAGUACUUCAACGGCUCACUUGCAACCUUUUUCAACGACCUCAUGGUCUACUACAUUGACCGCGACGAGUGGCGCUGCGUCACCUCUCCCAACGCACCCCUCCCCCGUAGCGGUCACGCCUGGGCCCGCGGCGGCAACCAGAGCAACGCCGUGUACCUCUUCGGCGGCGAGUUCAGCUCCCCCAAGCAGGGCACUUUCUACCACUACAACGACUUCUGGAAACUAGACCCUACCUCCCGUGAAUGGACCCGCCUCGAACCCAAGGGCAAGACGCCGCCGGCCCGGUCCGGCCACCGCAUGACCUACUUCAAGAACUACAUCAUCCUCUUCGGCGGCUUCCAGGACACCGCCAACCAGACCAAAUACCUGUCCGACCUCUGGCUCUAUGACACCACCAACUUCGUCUGGCACAACCCCACGCUACCCCCCGCCCAGCUCAAGCCCGACGCCCGCUCCUCCUUCACGCUCCUCCCCCACGACCAAGGCGCGGUCCUCUACGGCGGCUACUCGCGCGUCAAAACCACCGCCCCCACCAACAAGCAACAACAAUCCACCCGCCAACCCGCCCACAACACCCAGCGCAACGUGCUCCGCCCGCUCCUCCACACGGACUGCUUCUUCCUGCGGGUGACUCCCCCACCGGCGGACGGCCCCGCGGGCGCGCCGCCCACGGUGCGGUGGGAGCGGCGCAAGAAGCCGGCCAACGCGCCCAACCCCGCGCGGGCGGGCGCGACCAUGGCGUGGCACCGCGGGCGCGGGAUCCUGUUUGGCGGCGUGCAUGACGUGCAGGAGAGCGAGGAGGGGAUCGAUAGCGAGUUUUUUAACGCGCUGUUUGCGUGGAAUGUGGAAAGGAAUCGGUUUUUUCCGUUGGGGUUGAAGAAGCCGAGGGGGAAUGCGGGGGGGAAUAGAGGGAGGGGUGGUGGAGGUGGCGGUGGUGGGGAGCAGAGGGUUGGGGGUAGGAGGGGGAGGGCGAAGGAGAAUGAGGAGGAAUUGUUGAGGGGGUUGGCGGCGUUGAGGGCCGGGGCGGGGGUCGAGGAUGAGGAAGAUGAGGAUGGGAUGGAGGGGGGGAAGAAGGAGGAGGGGGAAAAGGAGGAGAGGGUGCUGAGGGAGAUGCCUGUUCGCGCGGAGUUUCCGCACCCGAGGUUUAAUGCCCUGCUGGCGGUGCAGGAUGAUGUGCUGUAUGUGUAUGGCGGGACGUUUGAGAAGGGCGACCGCGAGUAUACGUUUGAUGAUAUGUACGCGGUCGAUCUGGGGAAGCUGGAUGGCUGCAAGGAGGUGUUUAACCGGCCGGUGGAGGACUGGGUUGUAUCCGACGACGAGGACGACGAUGAGGAUGAGGAUGAGGACGACGACGAAGACGACGAGGAUAAUGACGAGGAAGCGGCAGAAGAGGAGCCCAAGGGGAAUCUAUUUACGCCGAGCAAGCGGAAGAAGAAGCAGGGUGCCGACGAGGCGUCAAAUGCCGACUCUGCUUCCACUGAGCCGUCUACCGUUACCUCGGAGGAAGACGAGGAAACCGAGUCGGCGGCUACGACGGUUGAUGACGGGCUGCCGCACCCGAGACCCUUCGAAUCCCGCCGCGACUUCUUCCAGCGCACGUCCAACGAGUGGCAGGAGAUUCUCAUGACCAGCCUCCGGUGGAAGGGCAUCCAGCCCGAGACACUGACAGUCAAGGAGAUCAAGUCUAAGGCCUUUGAGUUGAGCGAGGAGAAGUGGUGGGACUGCCGCGAGGAGAUUACAUUGCUUGAAGAGGAGCAAGAGGCCGCGGGUAUUGGGGAGGUUGUGUCGCUUGCUGAUAGGGGCGAGUCGGGGCCUGGUGGUGGUGGCGGCGGUGGUGCUCGGAGGAGGUAG